AUGGCUACAGAUGAGGCUAGCCGCCUGCGCAACCUUCAGGCCGAUGUGCGAGACCAGGAUGACCUUGAAAGAGACAUCACUCGCCAGGCUGAUAAGGCUCUGGCGGAUAAGGCCGAGGAGAAUGAUAUCAAGCGACUUGAGAAGGCCCUGGUGGAUCGAGAACGGGUCAGCUCGGAAAUCGCUACAACCCGGCGGCGACUUACUCAACCUGCCGGUGCUGCCACGCGCCAUCGACAAGAGAAUGAGCUGAAACGGUUGGAGAUGCGCAAGGCGGACCUAGGGAAGGAUCUAAAGGACAUUCAAGAUCGGAUCGAUGCACGUCGCCAAUCGCAGGAAUCGGCUGCAGCGUCACAUGGAUCUGGCCGGUUGCCGAACGAGUCGCGCCGUGACUAUCUGCUGCGCACCGGAAAGAUCACACCAUUUGCGUCGAUGAACGAGGGCUCACGAGAUGGCCCACUAGCCAACUUGCAUGAUGCGCUUAUCGACACAGAAGACCAGCAGAAUGAGGCGGAAGAGCGCGAAAAAGCCAAGCACUUACCUGCUGCUUCCCACCGGGACCUCGCACGCCCAGACUUUGACUUUGAGGCAUCCAUACCCACACCCACACUCCCAUCUGCAUCUACAUCUACCUCCACACCUGCACCGGCGCCCCGCAAGCGCCGAAAGGUGAAGCGUGAAGACUCCUCGGCGGAGGACUCAUCAGCUAGCUAUGCUGCCUCUGAAGACGCCGAUGCUACAUCGGAAGGCGAUGAUUUUAUGCCUGAUACCCUACCUGAAGAAUCAAGCCGCAAGCGCAAACCCGCGAAAGGGAAGUCGAAUGACCAACUUGAAGACCUGAGUGGGGUCGAUGAUGGAAAUGAGACAGUGUAUCAAGCUCGACUCCAGGAAUGGAUCAGCCGGAGAAGCACUGCUCGAAGACAUGCGGCCACGGGGGACUCAGUCGACGCCGAUUCCCCUGAAGACGAAUGGCUCAAACCUCAUCCCACUGAGCCGGCCAUGGAGCUUGACAACGGCUUGCGCGUUCCUGGCGAUAUCAGUCGCUUUCUGUUCCCUUAUCAGAAAACCGGCGUGCAAUGGCUUUGGGAGUUACACCAGCAGUCUGUUGGUGGAAUCAUCGGCGACGAGAUGGGAUUGGGUAAAACAAUCCAAGCAAUCGCUUACCUUGCUUCGCUUCAUCAUAGCCAGAAGCUUACCAAACCGGCUAUCAUCGUUUGCCCAGCGACCCUCAUGAAACAGUGGGUCAACGAGUUUCAUCGCUGGUGGCCGGCAUUCCGAGUUUCCAUCCUUCAUUCAUCUGGAAGUGGUAUGAUCAAUCUUGGCAAGGAAAGUAGUCGAGAGAACGCGCUCACUUCAGAAAUGAUGGGUAGCUACGGCUCUCGACACCUAUCUGCCGGCCAGAAGGCAGCCCAAAAGAUCAUCAAGCGGGUCGUUGAGGAAGGACAUAUCCUCGUGACCACAUAUUCUGGCCUUCAGUCCUAUGCCGACGCUCUUGUGGACGUUGACUGGGAUUGUGCAAUCCUCGACGAGGGCCACAAGAUUCGCAACCCGGACGCUGGCAUCACCUUCAGUUGCAAAGAGCUCCGCACUCCCCAUCGCAUUAUCUUAUCUGGAACUCCAAUGCAGAAUAGCUUGGUUGACCUUUGGUCUUUGUUCGAUUUUGUCUUCCCGAUGCGCUUGGGUAAUCUGGUUACCUUCAAGAACCAGUUUGAAAAUCCUAUUCGCCAGGGCGGAUAUGCAUCUGCAUCCAACCUGCAGGUACAGACUGCGGCGAAAUGCGCGGAGACACUUAAAGACGCCAUUAGUCCCUACCUCCUCCAGCGAUUCAAGGCUGACGUGACAUCCGACUUGCCUCAGAAGAGUGAACAAGUGAUUUUCUGCAAAUUGACCCAACUUCAGCGAAGCAUCUACAAGCGAUUCCUCAACUCUGAUGACAUGGCGUCCAUUGUUAGAGGUAAAAGGAAUUCCUUGUAUGGCAUUGAUAUUCUGCGCAAGAUUUGCAACCAUCCAGACUUGGGAGACCACACAUUGCGGUCUCAUGAUGCAGACUAUGGAGACAGUGAGCGAUCGGGCAAGAUGCAGGUGCUGAAAGAAUUGCUCGAGGUCUGGAGAGACACCGGCCACAAAACGCUGCUCUUUUCCCAGGGUCGUCUCACGCUAGACAUCAUCGAGAAGUUCCUUCGGACGCUCGGUGGUUUCAACUACCUCAGAAUGGACGGUAAUACUACGAUCAAGGAACGACAAACCCUGGUCGACACCUUUAACAACGACCCUGAACUCCAUGUCUUUUUACUCACCACGCGUGUGGGUGGGAUCGGAGUGAACUUGACAGGUGCUGACCGUGUCAUCAUCUACGAUCCCGACUGGAACCCAUCGACCGACUUGCAGGCACGUGAGCGUGCAUGGCGACUUGGUCAAAAGCGGGAUGUCACUAUCUUCCGUUUGAUGACCAAGGGCACCAUCGAGGAGAAGAUUUACCAUCGUCAGAUCUUCAAGCAAUUUUUGACCAACAAGAUCACCCGUGAUCCCCACCAACGGGAAGGUUUCCAACUGAGCGAUCUCUAUGAUCUGUUCACCCUCGAAGAAGAAGACGACAAAGAGUUAGAGACGACCAAACUAUUCAAGAAUGCCGAAGUCACAUAUCAACAAGAGGGGCAAGAACCUCCCGUCAAGGGCAAAUCCGCCUCCAAGCUCAAACCUAAAGAGGAAGACCUUAGUGACCUGCAGGGGAUUGCUAAUGUGGAAGAAUUCAAGAACACGGAAGAAGAAGAUAAGAACGCCAAGACGUCCGAAGACCGCAUCAUGCACGGAAUCUUUGCUCGCUCCGGCGUCCACUCUGCUCUCCAACACGACCAAAUCGUCAACGGCAAACGAGUGGUUCGCGCCGAUCCCAAAAUGAUCGAAGCCGAAGCCCGUCGCGUUGCCAACGAGGCCGCCGAAGAACUGCGCAAGGCCGAACAAACCGCUCGCGCCCAACCCAUCGGACUUCCCACCUGGACCGGGCAGUUUGGCAUGGGAGGCCGUCCGCAAACCGGAGGUAGUUCCUCUCGACCUGUCGGAGGCCCCUCCUCCAGUAGCCUCCUAGCGAGGCUCAACCCCGCUGCUGCGCCGACUAAUAAUAGUUCAGCGUCGACUCGCAUGCCGCGUGGGAAAGAUUUUAUGCCCCUGAUUCGGGAUUAUCUCGCUGCCCGGCGUGGGCCCACUGUCACUCAAAUGAUCGUUGAUCACUUCAACCAUUACUGUACCAAUCAGCAGCGUGUUGCCGAGUUUCAGGAGAUGCUGAAGAAGGUUGCUACGCUGAAGCAUGGUCGUGAUGGGCGGGGACGAUGGACUCUCCGCCCUGAGUUUUCCAAAGAUAGCAACGGCGGAGCACGAUGA